CCCAGCAUUGAAAAAAUGGCUUCUUUUACUACUUCUCCAUGCACUUCCGCUACCCCUAAAACCCCCAAGUCCUUAUCCUCCUCCGCCACCAUCUCUUCUCCCCUCCCAAAACCCUCCCAGAUCCACAUCGCCACCGCCAAGCGCACCCACCAUUUCAAGGUCUCAUGCAACGCCCCCAAUGGGGACUCCCAGCCCAAGCUCGACCGAAGAGACGUCCUUCUCGGCCUGGGCGGCCUCGCCGGGGCCGCAAGCCUAGUCAACAACCCGCUGGCCUUCGCCGAGCCCAUCCACGCGCCGGAGAUCUCCAAGUGCGUCGUCCCUCCCAAGGAUUUGCCCCCAGACGCUAUCGUGGAUAACUGUUGUCCCCCUUUGGCGACCAAUGUUAUCCCCUAUAAGGUCCCGAAAACCUCCCCCUCCGCCAUGAAAAUCCGCCCGGCGAUCCACCGGAUGGAUAAGGAAUACAUUGCUAAGUUCGAGAAGGCGAUCCGGCUAAUGAAGGAGCUCCCGGCGGACGACCCACGGAACUUUUACCAACAAGCCCUCGUCCAUUGCGCUUACUGCAAUGGCGGGUAUGUUCAGACUGAUUACCCCGACAAGGAAAUCCAAGUCCACAAUUCAUGGCUGUUCUUCCCUUUCCACAGAUGGUACUUAUAUUUCUACGAGAGAAUCUUGGGGAAACUUAUCGGGGACCCCACCUUCGGGCUUCCGUUCUGGAACUGGGAUACCCCGGCGGGAAUGCUGAUUCCUCAGUAUUUCCGAAACCAAAACUCCCCGUUGUACGAUGAGAAUCGUAACCAAUCCCAUCUCCCUCUCGUCAUGGACCUCGGCUACGCGGGAACCGACACUGAAGUCACGGAUCAGGAGAGAAUCUCUAACAACCUGGCCUUGAUGUACAAGAGUAUGGUGACAAACGCCGGAACCGCCGAGCUUUUCCUCGGGAAACCGUACAAGGCGGGCGACGACCCGGUCAACAAAGGCGGCGGGUCGAUCGAGAAUAUCCCGCAUACCCCGGUGCACCGCUGGGUCGGCGACGUUAAGCCGAGAACACAAAACGGGGAGGAUAUGGGGAACUUUUACUCGGCCGGGCGGGAUAUUUUGUUUUACUGUCACCACUCCAACGUUGACCGGAUGUGGACCAUCUGGCAACAGCUCGGCGGGAAAGGCCGGAGACGCGACUUCACCGACUCGGAUUGGCUCGACGCGACCUUCAUCUUCUACGAUGAGAACAAACAGGCCGUGCGUGUGCGCGUGGGAGACGCGUUGGAUAAUCAGAAACUAGGUUACAAGUACGAGUUCGCGAACCUUCCGUGGCUCAACAGUAAGCCCCUCCCGACCAAGAAGAAGACCGGGCUGGCCGCCCGGUCUAAGGCGCCGUUCGUGACCGAUGUUUUCCCGUUGACGUUAGACAAGGUGGUGCAAGUUAAGGUGCCCCGGCCGAAGAAGUCGAGGAGCAAGGAAGAGAAGGAGGCCGAGGAAGAAAUUCUUCAGAUCGAAGGGAUUGAGGUGGCGAUUGACCAGUACGCGAAGUUUGAUGUCUACCUGAACGACGAGGACGAGCCGGAGGCCGGGAAAGAGAAGGCGGAGUACGCCGGGAGUUUCGCGCAUUUGCCGCACAAGCACACGGGGUCGAAGAAGAUUAGGACUAGUCUGAGCUUGGGUCUGAAUGAGCCCUUGGAGGACUUGGGCGCGGAGGACGACGAUGCGGUCCUGGUGACUUUGGCACCAAAGGUCGGCGGCGGCGUCGUCACCGUCGAGAACAUCAAGAUCGUCUACGGCUCUUAGAGGGGGCGAGCAAGUUUCUAUAUUUAGAAAUCCGUCGAAACUGUUUUCUGGCGUACCGUCCAAUAAUUUAUCCCUCGCUUUCCUUAUGUGUGUCUGUUUCCCCUUUGUACUCUUGAGUUGGCCUAGCAUGUGGUUUGGGGGCCAUCAAUAAAAUAUCUUUCUAUCCGAGUGUCUUCA